AUGCUUUCUAGAGUCCUUCAAGUCAGUGCAAAGAAACAAGCCGGUCGUUUUGCGAAGGUGGGCUUUGUUAGAUUUCAAUCCAGCUUAUUGAAAUUGAAUACUAGUGUUGAAAAUUUCCCCACAAAUCAUUUGGAAUCGAAAAGUGAGCCAUACUUAACUCCUAGUUUCUUUAAUAACCAAUUGAUCAAAUCGGAAGCAAACACCUGGUAUGAUAUUCAUGAUCCUGCUACAAAUCAAGUUAUUGCUAAAGUUCCACAAUCAACCGCACAAGAAUUGGAUGAUGCAGUGAAAGCUGCAGAUGAAGCAUUCCAUACUUGGAAGAAUUAUUCAAUUAUUAGAAGACAAGGAAUUGCUUUCAAAUUUGUAGAGCUAUUGAAGUUGAAUAUGGAUCGUUUGGCUGCAAUGAUUGUUUUGGAACAAGGUAAGACUUUUCCUGAUGCCAAAGGAGAUGUUUUGCGUGGAUUACAAGUUGCUGAACAAGCAUGUAAUGUUACUAAUGAUUUGCAAGGAAUUAGCUUGGAAGUGGCCAAGGAUAUGGAAACUAAAAUGAUAAGAGAACCUUUGGGAGUCAUUGGAUCAAUCUGUCCCUUUAAUUUCCCUGCCAUGGUUCCAUUAUGGGCAUUACCUUUGGUUUUGGUAACCGGGAAUACUACUGUGAUUAAACCUUCAGAAAGGGUUCCUGGGGCUUCGAUGAUUAUUGCACAAUUGGCGGCCGAAGCCGGAGUUCCUCCAGGGGUUAUAAAUAUUGUUCACGGUAAACAUGAUACCGUUAAUAAAAUUAUUGAAGAUCCAAGAAUUAAAGCAAUUACUUUUGUUGGUGGUGAUAAAGCUGGUAAAUAUAUACAUGAUAAAGGUUCGGCAUUAGGUAAAAGAGUUCAAGCUAAUUUAGGUGCUAAAAAUCAUUUGGUUGUUUUACCGGAUGCAAAUAAAAAUCAAUUUAUCAAUGCAGUUGUUGGUGCUGCCUUUGGUGCUGCAGGUCAAAGAUGUAUGGCUAUUUCAGUCUUGGUUACUGUUGGUAAAGAAACAAAUGAAUGGGUUAAAGAAGUUGCUCAAGAUGCUUCCCGUUUAAACGUUGGUUCUGGAUUUGAUCCAAAUUCGGAUUUAGGUCCUUUAAUCAAUCCAGAAUCUUUAACUAGAGCUAAAGAAAUAAUCACUGAUUCAGUUAAACAAGGUGCCCAGUUAUUACUUGAUGGUACUGAUUUCACUCCUGCUAAUCCUAAAUUUUCAAAAGGUAAUUUCUUAGGUCCAACCAUUUUAACCAAUACUAAACCUGGUAUUAGAGCUUAUGAUGAGGAAAUCUUUGGUCCCGUUUUAUCAGUCAUCAAUGUCGAUACUUUAGAUGAAGCAAUUGAGCUUAUUAAUAAAAAUAAAUAUGGUAAUGGUGUCUCUUUAUUCACCUCGUCUGGUGGUGCCGCUCAGAAAUUUAACAAGGAGAUUAAUUGUGGUCAAGUUGGUAUCAAUGUCCCUAUUCCAGUUCCAUUACCAAUGUUUUCAUUCACUGGUAAUAAAGGCUCUUUCUUGGGUGAUUUGAAUUUCUAUGGUAAAGCUGGUUUAACCUUCCUAACCCAACCAAAAACAAUCACUUCAUUGUGGAAACCUGAAAAUGUGGAAGAAAUCUUAAAACCUUCUACUUCCAUGCCUACUCAACAUUAA